CAGUGUAGCAGUUGUGUACUGGCUGACUGCGUUUCUCUCCAGUGGGACUCUUUAUGUGUCACUGUGUGUGCUGCAGUGACAAUGGGAGCGAAUGUGUGACUGUGCAUGUCAGGGUGGGGAAGAGAGAGAGAGAUAGAGAGAGAGAGAGAGAGAGAGAGAGAGAGAGAAAUCGAGUAGCCAGAAAGAGAUAGAGCGCGUACACGAGGCAGGAGGCGCUCCCUCUAAUCCCGGCUGCGACGCCAAACAGCAUUGCACCGGCUGCUACAAUAGUCUUAAUGGAGGCUCAGGCAGACUCUGGUGCUGCAGAGCCACUUAGAGACCGAGAGUUCCAGAAGCUUCUGAAGUCCUCCAGCUCUGCCAGUCUCACCAGCGAGGCGUCCCACAAUGCCUCAGGAGAGCACGUUGGUACCCCGGCACAUCAUGGCAGCCAGGUGCUGAUCGCAGAGAAACGACAGCCUCUCAGCAGUGUGUCCUCUCUGGAGGUCCACUUUGACCUCCUGGACCUGACGGAGCUCACUGACAUGUCUGACCAGGAGCUGGGGGAGGUGUUUGCUGAUUCAGACGAGGAGAACCAUACAGAUUCCCCAGCAAUUCACCCCGCAGAUCGCCAGCAGCCACCAUUACCUAGAUUUCCACACAGCGGUUACGUCCGCUCGCCCUCCUGGACCCGCGGUGGAAAAGGAGAACAGCAGCCGAGAGAUCGAAAACACCACAGUGACUCCGAAAACACAGAGCCAAUGUUGAAGAUAGAACGCUCUCAAUCCCAGCAGCCUUGAGUCAGGGGCAGCUACAGGGGCUUAGGGAGAAAACAAAGCCCUUGAGCGGAGAGUGGAGAGGUUCCUUCUCAAGCAAGAAGAUGAGGAACUCUUGGGAUCAAAAGACACAGUGAUCCCACCUAAAGAUAAUGCAAUCCCUUUGUCCAUUAUGGACAAGAAGAGAGCUCAAACAAGCUGGGGUAAGCGUAGACUCUUCAUCAAGAAGGAACAAACUUCAUCCAACUAGGAUUUUGGGACGCCUCUUUGGGACCGAGUCACUUUCAGUCUUCUCCAUGUGACUACUGCAUAUGGAGAACUUGAAGCAUGAUGUAGCAUUAUGGACAACACUGGCUCAAGCAAUGUGAAUCGAAGGAGCAACUGAGGAAUUCCACAGUGAUUUGAAUCUUCAAGGAACUGUUUAAGGAACAGUGCAAUGUGUCAAUGCAGCAACUGUGAUAAGACAUUUUCAGAGAACCUACAGGAUAGUUCAAGACAUGGCAAUACAGAGGGACAGAGAGAAGUUACAAGAAUUCCCAACAAAAGUGUCCUUUGAGGAGGUUCUGCAUGAAAAGAGGAAGACCCAGAAACAAAGUAAAAUAUCUUGUAAAAAAAUUUCAUGCCUAAGGCCUAAAACAUACCCUACGCAAGUACAUGAACGCAAAAACGUUGAGCUACACGAGACUGAUUUCAUACAUCUUCGUGUUUCAGAAAUGAUCAGAGAAGAAUUAAUAUUGCAGCAUAUUGCACUGGAUUCCCAUUAUUGCCAACAAGAUGGUGUUGUGCUAGUAUUAGCAUAAACCAGUGGAGUCCAUUCUUGAGAUCAUCUUCCUCUGGGACUUCAGCUCCAACCUGCCCUAACACAUCGGAUAGGAUUGGAUAACGCUGCAUAAGCAGUCUUAAGGCAGUGUUUCCCAUCCCUGUUGCUGGAGGCACACCAUCAGCAGCAAACUCUCAAUGAAAUACACCUGAUUAAACUCCUUAGUAGAGACUGCAAGACCUCAAUGGACAGGUCAGAUAAGGGAUACAUCCAAAAGUUGUUGGUACUGUUGGUGUGCCUCCAACCAUGAUGUGUAAGGAAAUACUACUCAUGUUGGUACAUGAGUUUAAAGCAGGGGUGUCCAAAAUUGGUCCAGGAGGGCCACUGUCCUGCAGAGUUUAGCUUCAACUUGCCUCAACACACCUGCCUGGAAGUUUCUAGUACACCUAGUAAGACCAUGAUUAGCUGAUUCAGGUGUGCCUAAUUGAGGUUGGAGCUAAACUCUGCAGGACAGUGGCCCUCCAGGAGCAGGACUGGACACCCCCGGUUUAAAAGGUAUACUGCUGAACGUGUCAUUUUAAUUUUGACCAACUUCAGGGGUGUCCAAACUCGGUUCUGCAGGGCUGGUGUCCUGCAGAUUUUAGCUCCGACCCCAAGUACACACCUGAACGAGCUUAUCAAGGUCUUACUAGGCAUACUUCCCGGCAGGUGUGUUGAGGCAAGUUGGAGCUAAACUCUGCAGGACACCGGCCCUCCAGGACCGAGUUUGGGCACCCCUGACCAACUCGGUAAUUAUCACCCCCCUUUGAGAACUGAGAUUUGUUACAGCCACAGUAAUACAAGAACGCACAUGAAGCAUGUACAGCAGGACCACACAAGCAUUCUGACUUGUGUAGAAUAUGUUUCUGGCCUAACGUAAUGAGUACUGCACUUAAAGUUGCACUUGAAUGGAUGAAAGGGAGAAUUAUCUUUUAGCAAUAUGUUUUUAACCACUCUGUAUAAUUAAAUGUUAUUAAUAAUUUCACGUCAAGACAACAUUCAAUUCAAAGUCCUCAGUUGUGAUCACCGGUGCACAGCAGGAAAAUAUGCCUGCUCCACAUAUUAUCCUAAAAGAGAAAAACGCUAUUGGGUUGGAAGUCCAAAUGCAAAUCCCUAUGAGUAAAAUUCUACUGUACAAAUUUCUGGACUUGAUCAAAAAGUUGUACUGUAUGUGUCACCAGGGUUAUUACAGGGUUCAAUGAUGUCAAGCAUGAUCUAUACACAGGGUCACAUCGGAGAAGAAAUGUACAAACUACCAGAACCAUUAACAAGUCUGCCAAAUCAAGGAGGACAAAAUCUAACAGGAAUAAAUGUGAAAUGUCAAUGAUCAGAUUGUUUUUCCUC